AUGAAUUGCCAUCCCGACGGCGGCUGCCCAUCUAUGCUCUCGCCCUGCUUCAAGGGCCGAUGCGAAGAAGGGCCCGCGUCCAAAAACGCUGAAGCAGUCGAGGCCAAUCGCCCACCUGAAGGAAACCUGCUGAAGGUGAAUGAUACGGCAGCUUCUUCUGAUUUGGGACUCGAGGCGCACGAAAAGCUACCAAAAGACACUCCCGAGCGGAUCGGGGACAUUACGGAAAUUGUUGAUCUCCGAAAACACACUGAAGAGUGGGUUGAUGAUGCUCGAGCGAAGAAGGGCAAGCACAGAGACGAAACCUCAAAGGUCGAAGCAUGCGGCCGCACGAUUAUCUGGAGAGACUGCGCAGAAAACGUUUUGUCUCACGCCAGUGUUCCUCAAUGCGAAGAGCUCGUGGCUAUAUUCGAAUGUGUCGAUCAAGUAUCUGCCUCCAUCAAAGAUGAGGAAAAAGUUCAGAAAACACACAGUCUCGAUGAAUAUAAAGAGGCUCUACUUGAGAUGAUUAACAGCUACCCUCGAACCACCCUGGUACUUGAUGCCUUGGACGAGUGCCACCUCGAAACAAAGUCAGAGCGUGCCGGGUUUCUUGAAGAUCUUGUGGAGAAGAGCACUCGUCUGCUCAAGGUGCUCGUUGCUAGCCGAAAAGAAUCCGACAUUGAAUCCUCCCUCAAGUCAUCCGAGGACCGCAACAUGCUGGUGGAAAUCAGCCCAGAGGAUAUCAAGACGGACAUUGGGAAGUUUGCAAAUGAAAAGCUGAUCAAAGUAAAGCAGCAUUGGGCUUUUAACGACAAGGAUGGUCUGGAGCCACCUGUCAAAGGUACGCUUAUGGCGAAAAGCGAUGCAAUGUGA